UUUCCAUAUAUAUGACCACUGUCUCACCAUGAACCCAUAUUGCUCAUCCCUGACUAUGGCUGAAGUAGUUCCAGUAGUACCCUCCUAUGCAUCUCCUACUAAACAACCACCUAAAAUAACAAGCAUCAAAAUUCUAGCCGAGUCUCCUGAUCUUAUCACCAUCCCUGCAAGUUACACUUUCACCCCAAACUCUCAUGACUUGGUAGUUUCAGACACAGAAGGAGCAAUUCCUGUCAUUGAUUACUCUCUUCUGAUCUCAAGUAGUCCUGAUCACAGAUCCAAAAUCAUUCAUGACCUUGGUAAAGCCUGUCAGGAGUGGGGCUUCUUCAUGGUGAUCAAUCAUGGAGUGCCGGAGAAACUAAUGAGAUCAAUGAUUGAUGCUUGCAAGGGGUUUUUUGAUCUGUCAGAAGAGGAGAAGCAAGAGUAUACUGGAAGCCAUGUUUUGGACCCAAUAAGGUGUGGUACCAGCUUUAAUACUUCAGUGGAGAAGGUCUUUUGCUGGAGGGAUUUUCUCAAGGUAUUUGUACAUCCUGUGUUUCACUCACCCAGCAAACCUGUUGGCUUAAGUGAUACUAUGUUAGAAUACUCAAAAAGAGUCAAAGAAGUAACAAGAGAAUUACUAAAAGGGAUAUCAGAGAGCUUAGGAUUGGAAGCUGAUUAUAUAGAAAAUGCAUUGAAUUUUGAACGAGGUCUACAGAUCAGUAUAGCAAACUAUUAUCCACCUUGUACAGAGCCAGAACUUGCAAUGGGUCUACCCUGUCAUUCAGAUCAUGGCCUCUUGACCCUUCUAAUAGAAAAUGGAGUUAGUGGCCUUCAAGUUCAACACAAAGGAAAGUGGGUCAAUUUAAAUAGCAUCCCCAACUCAUUUCUAGUAAACACUGGAGAUCAUCUUGAGAUAUUGAGUAAUGGGAAGUUCAAGAGUAUCCUGCAUCGAGCAGUUGUGAACAAGAAUAAUACAAGGAUAUCCAUAGCCAUGGCACAUGGACCAUCACUAGAUACAGUCGUUAGUCCAGCGCCUGAGUUACUAGACCGUGAAAGCAAAGCACCAGCAUAUAUCGGUAUCAAAUAUGAGGAGUAUGUGAAUCUUCAGCAGAGUAACAAGCUGGAUGGAAAAUCCUGCUUGGAUCGUGUCCGAAUUUGAGCAGUUUAAUUGCUGUAUAUCUGGCCACCAAAAUAUUGAAACCUGAUUGUGCGAGUUUAAAAUUACAAGCAUAUAAGGCAGUCCAGUGAAACAAUAUCUACCUGUCUGUGAGCUUAUUUAUAAGCUUGUGUAUGUAAUUUUUGUUUCAUCUAAUAAAUUACAGUGCUUCAUGUGCCUUGUAUUC